CGAGGCCCGAACCCGAUGCCGAUGUGCCUCCCUCGACUUCUCUCGACUUCUCUCGACAUGUCCAAACCGAGAGUGUGACUCUUCCUGCAGAACAGGAAAACAUACGCUGCCACAUGUUUGUUGUCGUUUUGCAUGUCGAGAGUACUGGAGCAGGCCCGAUGUUGUGAUGUUGCACGUGAGGUACUUGGUGAAAUGUCGAAGAUCAUAUAAGAGAUGACGGGCCCCCUCUGGUCGUUGCAGCAGCUGGACCUGGAAAUUUGCAAUAAGUAGCCAUCGUACUGGCUACUGGCUCUGAUUGAUCGAACCGCCAUCGCGAUGCUCAACAGAGAGAGGGGAGGCAGUUGAGUGAGGCGAGGUGGGUGGUGAGGCGGCGAGCAGGGAGCGUGGGGGAAGCUUGGGAGCAGAGGCAGGCCGACGUCGAGUACUAGAGUUUUUUGCGAGAAAAAAAUAAAACAAAUUGAUCAGGGUAAAGGCAAGAAUGGCGGCAGCAGCGUCGAUAUCUAUGGCAGCGGCGGCGGCGACGGCGGUGGAGGUUUCGAUCCCGACGCCAACUCAUAAUGCGGCAACUCGGAAGAUGGUCGCGAUCCUGCGAACAGUUCCUCCUUUGUCCUCCUCAGGGUUAGCAGCAUUGGGAGGGGGAGGUGGUUCUCUGUCCCGCCGAUCUCUAUCGAGCGGUCUGUCAAUCUCCUCCUUCCCCCCCCGCUUCCGAUCUGCUCACCGAUCUUCACCGUCGGCAAUACCGAUGGCCAUCUCUAAACCCUCUUCUUCUUCUUCUUCCUCUGCUUCUUCUCCGCCGCCACCGCCGGCGGCGGCGGCGGCAGCGGCGGCUUCUCAGGCAGCACCCGCGGAGACCGAGAUCGGGACGAAGACGAAGCUUCAACAGCUUUUCCAACUGGAAGGUCAGAGCCCUUGGCUUGAUAACCUUUCCCGCGGUUUUAUUGCCGAUGGCGGGUUAAAGGAUUGGAUAGAUAAGGGGGUCCGAGGGGUGACUUCCAACCCUACGAUUUUUCAGAAGUCCAUCUCGGGUACGUCCGAUUACGACGAUCAAUUUGCGCAGUUGAUCCAGAACGGAUCGACGGCGGAAUCCGCUUAUUGGUCGUUAGUCGUGAAGGAUAUCCAAGAUGCGCUUGAUGUGUUCAGGCCGUUGUAUGUGGAGAGUGGGGGGGAGGAUGGCUUCGUCUCUGUGGAGGUGGCGCCCUCGCUUGCGCACGACACGCAGGGAACUGUCGAGAACGCGCGCCUUUUGCACAAGGCCGUCGAUCGACCUAACGUGUACAUCAAGAUUCCCGCCACCAAGGCUGGAAUUCCCGCCAUUUCCCAGGUCAUCUCCGAGGGCAUCAGUGUCAACGUGACCUUGAUCUUCUCCAUCGAGCGGUAUGAGGAGGUGUUCGAUGCUUACGUGGCAGGUCUGGAGGCUUACAAAGGCGAUGAUGACCUGUCGAAGUUGUCCUCCGUCGCGUCGUUCUUCGUCAGCCGCGUCGAUAGCGAAGUGGACAAGCGUCUGGACGCGAUCGGGACGCCGGAGGCGUUGUCGCUGCGCGGGAAAACGGCGGUCGCGCAAGCGCAGUUGGCGUACGACUUGUUCAAGAAGAAGUGCGCGGAGCCGCGCUGGCAGGCGCUCGCUGCGCGCGGCGCGCGCGUGCAGCGCCCCCUCUGGGCUUCCACGGGCGUCAAGAACGAGGCUUAUCCAGAUACCCUGUACGUGGACACGUUGAUUGGUCCACAUACAGUCAAUACUCUUCCCGAUGCCACCUUGAAGGCGUUCUACGAUCACGGGGCCAUCAAGCGAACUAUCGAUGCUGACGUGGCGGGCGCUCAGGCGGUCAUCCAAGCGGUCGAACGAGUCGGGAUCUCGCUCGCGGAAGUGGCCGACCAGCUGGAGCGGGAGGGAGUCGCGUCUUUCGCAAAGUCUUUCGACGACCUCAUGGCCGCUUUGACGGCCAAGGGGGUCUUACUCAAACCCUAAAAAGGAAACCUUGGCGUUUUUCCUUCCCAAGUUUACGCAAACCCUAAUAAGGGAACCCCUUGGCAUCUAUCCAAGUCCAGGUCUUAUGUCUA